CGUUAGCUAUCUUUCAGUUCUAUAGCUUUGGCGCCAUGGCAGUUACAGCAAAAACUGCACUCGAAGUCACUGACAUCAUCACACUCGCUCUUCGAAUUCGAACCUACACCGAUUCGAUCCAUGCAUUCCAUCCUCCCAGCUUUUCUUUUUUUCCCACCCAAUCAGAUUCCAUCAGCAGCAGAUUUUGGCGAUGCACGUCUUCCUCGAGACCCCGAGCUUCCUCGUUCUUCCUCACCGCCAUGGAUUCGAUUCGGGGACGCAAAUUCCCCUUCCCAAUCUGAAGGCGUCGAGGCGGAAAGCAAUCGGAGGACCUUCCAGAAUUCUGAUGGAUAUAGAACUCGUGAACAGUUAGCUGGCAAACUCUUUCUCUUUUUCUUCUCUCUAAUUUUACAGUUUACUGAUAUAUGUAUGUAUGUAAGUAUGUAUGUAUGUGUGUAUGUUAUGUAUGUAUGUGUGUAUAUGUGUGCUUUACAGAUAACAUUAAUGUGUUUACAUUUUUUUUUAAUUUAAUUAUAAAUUUACGGUUUCCUACCAUUUCAACCGUUGAGAGGAAAAAUAGGAAGAGGAUCAGGAAAUAGUGGGGGAAAAAAGAUAGGAAUUUUAGUUAUUUUUUUUGUUAUAAAAAUAUGUGUUGAAAUCCCACACGGACUCUCAUUAACUGAACCAGAGUUUGGAUAGGAGGAAGACACCUUCAACAUUUGAAAGGGGUUUUGAUUCAUAGGACUGAAGAGUGAAGACAUACAGGAUUAUGAUUGAGGUUUAACAUUCCGGCUAGGGGAGGUAAAUUUCUGUUAAAUUUAGAUAAAAGUUGUGUGAUUGGUAGAUUGGGUUGGUAGAUAUGGCGUGGUUUAGAGCAGUGUCUAGUGUGGCAAAGCUUGCCAUUAGGAGAAAUUUAUCAAAUUGUGGAUCAUAUAUGGCUAGGAGUCGGGUUCUUCCGUCUCAAAAUCGGGACUUUCACACCACAUUAUGUAAGGCUCAAUCUGCCCCGAUUCCACGCCCUGUACCCCUCUCUAGACUAAAUGAUAGUUUCUUGGAUGGAACCAGUAGUGUUUAUUUGGAGGGGCUUCAGAGGGAUUGGGAAGCCGACCCAAAUAGUGUUGAUGAGUCCUGGGACAAUUUCUUUAGGAAUUUUGUAGGUCAGGCCUCUACCUCGCCCGGAGUUUCAGGCCAAACCAUUCAAGAGAGUAUGCGCUUGUUGUUGCUUGUGAGGGCAUACCAGGUUAGUGGUCACAUGAAAGCUCAGUUGGACCCUUUGGGUUUGGAAGAGAGAGAUAUCCCAGAUGAUUUGGACCCUGCUCUAUAUGGGUUCACAGAGGCUGAUCUUGAUAGGGAGUUCUUUUUAGGGGUCUGGAGGAUGUCUGGGUUUUUGGCUGAGAACCGUCCCGUGCAGACCCUUAGGUCCAUAUUGACCCGGCUUGAGCAGGCUUAUUGUGGGACCAUUGGGUACGAGUAUAUGCACAUUGCCGAUCGUAAUCGAUGUAACUGGUUGAGAGACAAGAUUGAGACUCCAACGCCAAUGCAGUACAAUAGGCAACGUCGUGAGGUUAUUCUUGAUAGACUUAUGUGGAGUACACAGUUUGAGAACUUCUUGGCCACUAAGUGGAAAGCAGCUAAGAGGUUCGGCCUUGAAGGUGGAGAAACUCUUAUUCCCGGCAUGAAGGAGAUGUUUGACAGGGCUGCUGAUCUCGGGGUUGAGGGCAUAGUUAUUGGAAUGCCUCACAGAGGGAGACUAAAUGUAUUGGGUAAUGUGGUGCGGAAGCCUUUGCGUCAGAUAUUUAAUGAAUUCAGUGGUGGUACAAAGCCUGUGGAUGAAGAUGGGCUAUACACUGGGACUGGUGAUGUCAAGUAUCACUUGGGAACCUCUUAUGAUAGACCCACUAGAGGUGGCAAGAGACUUCAUUUAUCUUUGGUUGCAAAUCCAAGUCACUUGGAAGCUGUGGACCCUGUGGUUGUCGGAAAAACUAGAGCAAAGCAGUUUUAUUCAAAUGACGUGGACAGGACCAAGAAUAUGGGUGUCUUGAUUCAUGGAGAUGGCAGCUUUGCUGGACAAGGUGUGGUGUACGAGACUCUGCAUCUAAGCGCUCUUCCUAACUACACCACUGGUGGGACUAUACACAUUGUGGUGAAUAACCAAGUUGCCUUCACAACUGACCCAAUGUCUGGAAGAUCUUCAGAGUAUUGUACAGAUGUCGCCAAAGCAUUGAAUGCUCCUAUUUUCCAUGUAAAUGCUGAUGACAUGGAGGCAGUCGCUCAUGUCUGCGAGCUUGCUGCUGAAUGGCGCCAGACAUUCCAUUCUGAUGUUGUGGUUGAUUUAGUGUGCUAUCGUCGAUUUGGGCAUAAUGAGAUGGAUGAACCAUCUUUCACGCAGCCGGAAAUGUACAAGGUUAUUCGAAAUCAUCCCCCAGCUCUGACAAUCUACCAGAACAAACUUCUAGAAUCUGCACAAGUGACCAAAGAAGACAUUGAAAGGAUACAAAACAAGGUUAAUUCAAUUCUCAAUGAAGAAUUGUUGGCUAGCAAGGAUUAUGUUCCUCAAAAAAGAGACUGGCUUGCAUCCCAUUGGUCUGGAUUUAAGUCACCUGAACAAAUUUCUCGUAUCCAGAAUACUGGGGUAAAACCAGAGAUUUUGAAGAGUGUUGGCAAAUCAGUCACAGCCCUUCCAGAAACUUUUAAGGCUCACAAAGGAGUAAAGAAGGUCUAUGAACAACGCGCACAAAUGAUUGAGACUGGUGAAGGAAUUGAUUGGGCAGUUGCAGAAGCACUUGCCUUUGCUACAUUAAUUGUAGAAGGUAACCAUGUUCGACUGAGUGGUCAGGAUGUUGAAAGAGGUACAUUUAGUCAUCGUCAUUCAGUAGUUCACGACCAGGAAACUGGAGAAAAGUAUUGCCCUCUUGACAAUAUUAUGGCGGACCAAGAUGAGGAACUGUUUACAGUUAGCAACAGUUCACUCUCGGAGUUUGGUGUUCUUGGAUUUGAAUUGGGUUACUCGAUGGAAAGUCCAAACUCAUUAGUAAUCUGGGAAGCUCAGUUUGGUGAUUUUUCCAAUGGAGCUCAAGUUAUAUUUGAUCAGUUUUUGAGUGGUGGGGAGUCCAAGUGGCUUCGUCAAACCGGGCUUGUUGUGUUGCUUCCUCAUGGUUACAUGGGCCAGGGCCCUGAACAUUCUAGUGCACGACUGGAACGAUUUCUUCAGAUGAGUGAUGACAAUCCCUUUGUCAUACCUGAGAUGGAUUCCACACAUCGGAAGCAAAUUCAGGAAUGCAAUUGGCAGGUUGUGAAUUUGACAACUCCUGCAAACUACUUCCAUGUUCUGCGUCGUCAGAUACACAGGGAAUUCCGCAAGCCUCUUAUUGUGAUGGCUCCUAAAAACCUUCUACGGCACAAGGACUGCAAAUCAAAUUUAUCCGAGUUCGAUGAUGUGCAAGGCCACCCAGGUUUUGACAAGCAGGGGACCAGAUUUAAGCGCCUCAUCAAGGACCAGAAUCACCACUCUGAUCUUGAGGAGGGUAUUAGACGGCUGGUUCUAUGCUCCGGCAAGCUUUAUUAUGAACUUGAUGGAGAGCGAAUAAAGGUUGGAGCAAAGGAUGUUGCGAUUUGUAGAGUGGAACAGCUUUGCCCCUUCCCUUACGACCUCAUCCAGCGAGAGCUGAAACGAUAUCCAAAUGCUGAGAUAGUUUGGUGUCAGGAAGAGCCGAUGAACAUGGGUGCGUACAGCUACAUUGCACCCCGCCUUAGUGCCGCCAUGAAGUCCCUGGGCAGAGGAACUAUUGACGAUGUCAAAUACAUUGGCCGUGAUCCAUCAGCUGCCACAGCCACUGGUUUUUCUCAGGUUCAUGAUAUGGAACAAAACGAGAUUUUACAGAAAGCGAUGCAGUAGGAGCCAAAUGAGUCUCACAACUGAAUCCCGUCGUGCUUGUUGAUCCUCAUAUAACACUGUCUGAAAUCUCCUUUCCUGAUUUUUUUGUGGAUCCAAAUUUUAAUAAAAGAUCGAACGUAUAUCAAAUAUGCCUCCUGUAUGUGAGGGCUGAUGCACACCACAGGUUAUGCUUCACAAAUCUCUCUUCUUUUAGCAAACAGAGAUCAGAAAUAAGAACCUUUCCUUGGCGCAGAUGUUUCAAAGUAUCGAAUGGAAUGUACUUGCCUCGUUACAUGUAA